AGUCUAGUCUAAUAGGAUGGAAACGCGUUCAUUUUUCCUUUGCUUAAACAACAGGAGGAGCGUUUGCGUCACUGCAGUCAGCUGUGCGCGCGCGUCUCGUGCUGCAUGUUUCACUCAGCCGUGUUUAUCUUCACUUCACCAGAGACUACAAAACUUUAAACUCUUCCAACUGUGAGAUAAAACACUGCUUUUCAACGGACGGACAGAAGAAGAGUGGAAUAAAACUAGAAGGAAACGGGUUAAGAAGGAAACAGGGCGGAGGAAGGAGUUUUGAGUGCUGGCCUGAGACCCGGUCCAGCGGUGUGGUCUGCUCGGCCCUGCGGUCAUGUACGGCACACGAAAGACCUGGGACGUCGGCCACACCCCCUGCCUGCAGGAGAUCUGGAACAAAGACCUCUCAUUGGAUGUUUCAGCGAAUUCCCUGGAUAUCCUGAUGAGUGAUGGUGAGGAGGAGAGCUCCUUUCUCUCGUUGCCCAACUCUGUCCUUCAGCGCCACUGUUUGACCUCUGACCUCUCUGAAACGGCCACCUCAGAACAGCAGCAGCUGCUCAUACAGACGCUGCAAGAGAGAGUUUGUGAGUUCCAGGCACGUUUGCGCAGCGAAGACGCUGCAAAAAGACUCCUGCUACAGCGACUGCAGACACACGACCACCAGCUCAACCAAGACAUCCACCAGAACGAGGGCCAUUCGUCCAUUAACCACGAACCUCAAGAGCAGCUCAGACUGCAGGACGGCCAGCUCAACCAAGCUGUUUCACCUACAGGUGUGAGGAGCUCUAGUGUUUUGACACAGAGGCUUGUGGAUUUUCCCAGCGCUGUACAAGUGAAUAAAGUUCACUCGCAGGAGCAGCUGCAAAAAGACAAGGGAGAACAACUCGCUCUCAUUACAGGGUUGUGCACACAGGUCAAGGAGCUGGAGGAGAAACUAGUGGAUCAGACACAGGAGGUGGAGAGACUGCGCUCUGAGCUGGGGGCGACAGAUCUGGAGAAACAGCUCGAGGUGCUGGAGAGUGAAAACCAGCGGCUCAAACAAGAGCUGAGGGCCAGUCAGACCCAGACCACCUGCUCUACCGGCCACUGCCCACACAGCCAGGAUGUGGAGGCCCUGCGUGGAGAGCUGUGUCGUAAGGACGAGGAGUGCCGCGAGCGGGAGCGGCGACUGGCUGCGCUGGAGCAGCAAGUGCAGGAGAGGACGGGUGUAGUAGCUCAGCUCCAGCAGCAGCUGCAGGAGGCGGCGCAGCGCAGACAGGAGCUGCAGCAGCAGCUGGAAGAGGCGUCACGUCUCAGGAGCCAGAGUGAGGAGCAGCUGACCUCACGGCUUCAUGACGCUGAGGAGGCUCUGUCUCGCCAGGCUGCUCUGACACCACAGGUCAAGUAUGUGACCAAGACGGUUGAAGUGGAGUCGGCUCAGUGUAAGCAGGCUUUAAUGGAGGCUCAGACCCGUAACCAGACGCUGCAGGAGCAGCUGAGUGUUCAGAGGCAGCUCCUCAGAGAGCUGGAGCAGCAGCUGCACGAGUCGCAGAGAACCAGCAGUCAGCUCCGCCAGCAGAUCCUGGUGUAUGAGGGGGAGAUGGAGAGAGCUCAGGGUCAGCUGGAGGCAGAAAUGCAGAGUUUGGAGGAGGAGAAGAACAGAGUGAUCGAGGAAGCUUUCAUCAGAGCCGAGAGCGAGAUGAAGGCCGUUCACGAGAACCUAGCAGGUGUGCGGAUGAACCUCCUGACGCUGCAGCCGGCCCUGAGAACCCUCACCUGUGAUUACAACUGUCUGAAGAGACAGGUGCAGGACUUCCCUUACAUGCUGGAGAAAGCCAUCACUGAGGCAAAGCAGGAGAUCUGUCAGGUGAUUGGAGAGGUGAGCAGUGCAAACCAAGAACUCCUGCGCAAAUACAAGCGGGAGAUGAACCUGAGGAAGAAAUGCCACAAUGAACUGGUGCGCCUCAAAGGAAACAUUCGUGUGUUGUGCCGAGUACGUCCUGUAUGUGCUGGAGAAACAGAUGCUGCUGACACCAAAAACAUAGUGACCUUUGACCCAGAUGAUGAUGCUGUUCUCUACUUGUCUAAUAAGGGCAAGCUCAUGACCUUUGAACUUGACAAAGUCUUUCCCACUCAGGCCACUCAGGAGGAGGUGUUCCAGGAAGUGCAGUCUCUGGUCACUUCUUGUAUUGAUGGCUUUAACAUAUGCAUCUUUGCCUAUGGGCAGACCGGCUCUGGAAAGACCUAUACUAUGGAGGGUGUCCCUGAAGACCCUGGCAUUAACCAGCGUGCUCUGCGGUUGCUCUUCUCUGAAGUGUCUGAGAAAAAGCCUGACUGGGACUACAAGAUCACCGUCAGCAUGGUGGAAAUCUACAAUGAGACCCUUCGAAACCUGUUGGGCGACAAUCCCAAUGAGAAGCUGGAUAUAAAGAUGUGUCCAGACGGCAGUGGACAGCUGUAUGUGCCAGGACUCACAGAGUUCACCGUGGAGAGCGUGGAGGACAUUAACAAGGUGUUUGACCUGGGUCACAUGAACAGGGCGACAGCAUGCACUAAUCUAAACGAGCACAGCUCUCGCUCUCAUGCCCUCCUUAUCGUCACAGUGGCGGGUUUCAACUCUUCCACGGGCCACCGCACCUCAGGUAAGCUCAAUCUGGUGGAUCUGGCUGGUUCUGAGCGGAUUGCCAAAUCCGGUGCCGAGGGCAGCCGUCUGCGUGAGGCUCAGUGUAUCAACAAAUCACUGUCUGCGCUGGGCGACGUCAUCAACGCCCUGCGCUCCAAACACUCACAUGUGCCCUUCAGGAACUCGCGCCUCACGUACCUGCUGCAGGACUCGCUCAGCGGAGACAGCAAGACCCUCAUGAUGGUGCAGGUGUCUCCUCUAGAGAGUAACGUCAGUGAGUCGGUUUGCUCUCUGAAGUUUGCUCAGCGUGUUCGGACUGUUGAGAUCGGGCCCUCGUCUUCCUCACGCCGCCAAGCUGAGAACUCCUCAACAUCCUCCUCUCCAACUCAUGACAGCGUAGAGCUGGACUCUCCUCCCGUGACCCCUGUGCCGCUCCCCAUCUCAAGGGCCAGCAGCGCAGGUUCAACCCUCUCCUCCAACUCUAAAACCCCCACAACCCGGCGGAGGUCCCACAGUCAGCUGUCCACAGAUAGACAGGUAGACAGAAGCAGCCCAUUGGUUGGGGACGGUGGGCAGGACGAAUGAAGUUAACGGCUUGAGGAACACCUCAAAGAGGGGCCAUCCUGCAAACCUCUCGACCAAUCAGCUCCUUUCUUGAACGAACCAAUGAAAGACCUUGCCUGCUGCAGGGGAGGAGCUUAACCGGCAAAUCAGGGUUGAUGUUGGGAACUAUAAUGACUGAAGUGAUGUUCCUUUUGAUCGGAACGACCGAUGUAAUUUUACGAUGCCGAUACGUGAUUGAAAACGAUCAACACUUGACCGCUGACCUCUCGACAACACCUGCUGCCUCAGGACGAGAAGACCCUUCUGAUAUGGCAAAGCAUUUUUGGGCAAUAACGCACUUUAGUCUAGUCUAGGCUGUCAUUUGUAAUGUUGAUGUUACGUAAAUGCGAUUGAUUUCUAGAUGCUUGAAUGUACGUGUAUGUAUAUAUUCGUGUGUCUGAGCAAGAUUUUAAUUUUUAUUCCUUGAUCUUGAAGAGAUCUUGCUUUUCUUUCUCUUUUUUUCUGCAAGAACAAGUAAAAAUUUCACACCCAAUAAGCUUUGAACAAUUCUGUGUUUCAUCGUGGCAAUAAGGAAUAAUGCAAAUGUUCAAAUCUCGGUAGCAUUUCAUUAUUUUGUAUAUAGAAACUUGAAGGCCGUUGAAAGCCCGGACCGUCUUCCUGAUCCAUGCAUGCGUUCAGUGCUCAUUCAUUUUAGGACAAUCAUUAACAGUUUUUGUGCAGUGAAGUCAAACCAUGAUGGUAUAUAGUGUUUGCCGAACAGGACGAGGACUAGAUCUGUAUAUAGAGAUGCAUUCCAUGUGACCCCACACUGAGACAACAGUAUGAACCUUUGUCUGGAACGGCUUCUGGGGUCUUGCUUGCUUGUAUUCACAUUGGUGUACGUUUGUAUGCAGUUUUGUUUUUGUACACAGUUUUUAAUAAAUGCUCCAAGCCAAACUUU